AUGGCCAUAAAGACAAUUGAACUGUUGAAAGGGUGCGGAUCGCAGGAAGAGAUGAUGGAAGUUCUUGCUUCGGUGGCUUCGGAUUUAGGCGAUAUGAUCGAUGAUGUGAACACCUUGCAGGUGAUUCCACUGAAGGGCGCAAUGACCAAUGAGGUUUUUCAGGUAAACUGGCCUACCAAAAAUGGUGGUGAAGUCAGAAAGGUUCUGGUUCGCUUAUAUGGGGAUGGAGUUGAAGUUUUCUUCGAUAGGGAAGAAGAAGUGAAAACCUUUGAGUGCAUGUCAAAGCAUGGUCAGGGUCCACGCCUUCUUGGCCGAUUCACCUCUGGUAGAGUUGAGGAGUUCAUUCAUGCCAGAACUCUCUCAGCUGCUGACCUCCGUGACCCUGAAGUAUCUGCUUUGAUAGCAUCCAAGAUGCGAGAGUUCCAUAAUCUUCAUAUGCCUGGUGCACAGAAGGCUCAGCUUUGGCACAGAUUGAGGAAGUGGCUUUGUCAAGCCAAGAGUCUGUGCUCCCCUAAAGAUACACAAAAUUUUGGCUUGGACAAACUGGAUGAGGAAAUAAACAUUCUGGAGAAGAAGUUAUCUGAAGGAUAUGAAGAGAUUGGUUUUUGUCACAAUGAUCUACAAUAUGGUAACAUAAUGAUGGAUGAGGACACAAGAUUAAUCACUAUAAUUGACUAUGAAUAUGCGAGUUAUAAUCCAAUUGCAUAUGAUCUGGCAAAUCAUUUCUGUGAAAUGGCGGCUGAUUACCACAGUGACACACCUCAUGUUCUUGACUACAAGAAAUAUCCAGGACUAGAGGAACGUCAAAGAUUCAUCCGCAUUUAUCUGAGUUCUGAAGGCAAGAAACCAAGCAAUGCUAAAGUGAACCAGUUAGUGAAAGCCACUGAAAACUACACUCUUGCAAACCAUUUAUUUUGGGGUUUGUGGGGACUUAUUUCUAGUUAUGUCAAUAAAAUUGACUUUGACUACAAGGAGUAUGCAAGACAGAGGUUUCAGCAAUACUGGUUAAGUAAGGCUACUAUAUUGGACUCACCAACCAUCGUUUCCCAAGACGACACUGUGAAUGGAUCUCUGCCAUCUUUCACGUGA